AUGAGGUGGAAAGUUGUAGCAAAUCGUCUCUGUCAACGUGGCCUUCCCUACCCUUUCCUCACCUGUCGCAUUGUGACAAUGAAGUGGUGUAUGGUUUUGGCUACUCUGGCCAUUAUCGACCCCUGUAUGGACCACUUGGACAACGAUUUUUUGCGACUGGAUGAAAGCAUUGGUGGUCAACAACUUAUAGUAGAUGAAGUCAGAGAUAGGGUAAACAAGAGGGAAUGCAGAGGUAAGGUAAAAAAAAAAAAUGAGGAACUUGGAAAAAGGAACCUCCGAAGUAGUAUCAAAUGUCCCAUUGCGGCGCAUAGUAUGGCUCUGUAUCAUCCGUUGUAA